CACGCACGCUUCCACGCGCCACUUUAGUUUAAAAUGGCCGCUUUCGCUACCACCACCCCCUCCCUGAAGGCUGAGUUCCGCGGUCAGACCGCCGGCCUCAAGCGCGGCAAGGCCGUCAAGGCCGCCGCCGUUAACACCGUCACCGAGGCUAAGGUCAAGGUCGCCAUCAACGGUUUCGGCCGCAUCGGCCGCAACUUCCUCCGCUGCUGGCACGGACGCGCGUCCUCCAACCUCGAGGUCGUCGCCAUCAACGACUCCGGCGGUGUCAAGCAGGCGUCCCACCUCGUCAAGUACGACUCCAUCCUCGGCACCUUCAACGCCGACGUGAAGAUCGUCGACGACACCCACAUCUCCAUCGACGGCAAGUCCAUCGAGAUCGUGUCCUCCCGCGAUCCCCUCCAGCUCCCCUGGAAGAAGCUCGGCGUGCAGCUCGUGAUUGAGGGCACCGGCGUCUUCAUCGACACCCCCGGCGCGUCCAAGCACCUCGAGGCUGGCGCCGAGAAGGUGCUCAUCACCGCCCCCGCCAAGGGCGACGACAUCCCCACCUACGUGAUGGGCGUCAACGCGGACCAGUACACCCACGCCGACAAGAUCAUCUCCAACGCGUCGUGCACCACCAACGGCCUCGCGCCCUUCGCCAAGGUUCUCGACGACAAGUUCGGCAUCGUCAAGGGUCUCAUGACCACCACCCACUCCUACACCGGCGACCAGCGCAUCCUCGACGCGUCCCACCGCGAUCUCCGCCGCGCCCGCGCCGCCGCGCUCAACAUCGUGCCCACCUCCACCGGUGCCGCCAAGGCUGUCGCCCUCGUCCUCCCCCAGCUCAAGGGCAAGCUCAACGGCAUCGCGCUCCGCGUGCCCACCCCCAACGUCUCCGUCGUCGACAUGUGCAUCCAGACCGAGAAGAAGUGCACCGCCGAGGAGAUCAACGCCGCCUUCCGCGAGGCUGCCGAGGGCCCCAUGAAGGGCAUCCUCGCCGUCGCCGACGAGCCCCUCGUCUCCAUCGACUUCCGCUGCUCCGACGUGUCCACCACCAUCGACGCCGCGCUCACCAUGGUGAUGGGCGACGACCUCAUCAAGGUUGUGGCCUGGUACGACAACGAGUGGGGCUACUCCCAGCGCGUGGUCGACCUCGCGGAGCUCACCGCCACCAAGUGGGGCAAGUAAUCGCCUUCGCCGUGUUCCCUGCUAACUUUGUUUAUUAGAGAUACGGUGCGCCGUGGACCGGCGCGUGUGUGGAUUUGUGCUGCGUCGAGGCCUAUUUAGCCUCGAAUUGUGCCAUAGUGAAGAGUUUAAAAACCACGAUUCUUAACCGG